CCUACAUAAUAAAAUAGAAUGUCUACCGUUGCUGCCUAAUUUUAAAUUUUUACUAAUGGAAUCCGGAUUAACGCUGCAAUCGCUUCGCAACGGAAAGACGUGGAAUAUUUCGGAUUCUGAAAGAAUGGGUUGCUGUAGAGAUGUUUCAAGCUUUGAAAAGCUCAAUAGAAUUGGGGAGGGGACGUACGGAAUUGUCUAUAGAGCCAUGGAUAGAGAUAGUGGGGAGAUAGUGGCCCUGAAGAAAAUGAGGAUGGAGCAGGAAAAAGAAGGAUUUCCUGUCAGCGGUCUCAGAGAAGUUAACAUACUGCUUAACCUCCGACACCGAAAUAUCGUGCAACUCAAAGAAAUUGUCGUUGGCAAGCAUCUAGAUAGUAUCUUUUUACUGAUGGAGUACUGCGAGCAAGAUCUGGCCAGCCUCCUCGACAACAUGCAAAAACCUUUCGAAGAGUCACAGGUCAAGUGCAUCAUGCAGCAGGUCCUUGAGGGUCUCCAGUAUCUACAUCAGAAUUACAUCGUCCAUAGGGAUUUAAAAGUUUCGAACCUCCUACUAACUGAUAGAGGCUGCGUUAAGAUUGCUGACUUUGGAUUGGCUAAGAAGUAUGGAGUGCCCUUGAACCCAAUGACCCCGAAGGUCGUGACCUUGUGGUACAGGGCGCCCGAAUUGUUGUUUGGUUCAAAAAUUCAAACAACUGCCAUUGAUAUGUGGGCUGCCGGAUGUAUAUUGGGUGAGUUGUUGGUGCACAAACCCUUACUACCUGGUCGAACGGAGAUCAACCAGAUCGAACUCAUCAUCGACAUGUUUGGCACACCCACCGAACAAAUAUGGCCGGGUUUCUCCAAUUUGCCAGUUCUUGGAAACUUUACCCUAAAAAGACAACCGUAUAAUAAUCUAAGACAUUCUUUGCAAUGGAUUUCGGAAGCCGGCCUGAGAUUGCUAAAUCAUUUGUUUAUGUAUGAUCCAACGAAAAGGGCUUCUGCAAUUGAAUGCUUAGACUCGUCUUACUUCAGGGAACAUCCGUACCCCUGUGAGCCUGAUUUGAUGCCAUCUUUCCCUAGGUACAGAAACAUGAAGAGGAAGACUGCUGCCACUGAAGUUAAGGAGAAGGAGUCGUUGUCGAAAAAUCAAGAGCCUUCAAAUUCGGCUGCAAAGGCUAAAAAAUUUAAAAGAUGAAUUAUAUAUAUAUAUAUAUAAGAUGAAUUAUAUAUAUAUAUAUAAAAGAUGAUAUAAUUUGUUGACCCAUAUACAGUGUACAUAAAUAUCAUUUUAUUUUAAAUAAAAAUGACGUUUUGUGGUUGUACAGAUAAUAAAUGAAUAAUUAAAUGAAUUAAUAAAUAAAUGAAUGAAUAAAUUGACUAAAGAUUGUUGUUAAUUCUUCUGAAUUUUGAAAAGACUAUGUCUGACCUUUAACCUUUAUUAUUAUUACUUUGUACAGUUAAUAAAUAGUAUAUAAUAAAUGAUAAUAAAUAAAAUAUUUAACUGAAUAAAUAAAUACAAAU